UCCAAAUCUCGCUACUUUGAAUCUGAACUGGUUUCGGCUCCUGAAAUUUUGAUGGUUUACUGGUUUUGGGAAGGCGCUGGCCGGUAUGCCGCUGCCUGCGUAGCAGCUUCCUUAAUCAAAUCGAAACCUAGAAAAUGUAAAUGCGAUCUAAUGUGCAAGUUUAGCCUAUUUCAUUAUUAUAAUUUGAACAUAGCAACUUGGCAACCACCUUUUCACGGCAUCUAGCCGAUCCAGGCGCGUGCGUCUGCAGCUUUUCUUUUGUUAUUCCUUCGAAAUAAGAAAGACCCAGAAACAAUUGUAUACUUGGCAUGUGCUACUCUGGUUUGUCGUGCCGGCCGGCCACCCACCUCCUCAGGCGUCACGUGAUCUGGAUAAAACCUUACAGAUUUCACACAUCUGUUAAUGUUGAUUGGUCCUUGCGUGGUCUGAACAAUAACAAAUUCUAAUGGCAAUUAUGAGAUGAUGGUCUCGUCUCGUGUGCUCAUGCGCGUUGGCUCCUGCCACAGUGCACCCGAACGUGCGAGAAAUGAUUUCCAAUGGUAAGUGCCCAUGGUUUUUGCUGUCAGGAAAUUUGAAAGUUUCUGGUGGUGAAACAGAAACUGGCGAUACAGAAUAUUGGAGAUGUUUCUUUUCAGAGAAUUGGUGAAAGUUUUCCCCUAGCUAUCGAGGUUCUCUCUCCCAUGAGGAUUGAAAUAGAUUCCAAUGCAAACCAAUGUAGAUGUGCGUGCUCUGAUUCAUAACAUAGUUUGUUCUAAUUCAUAACCUAGUUUGAUGGCUUUCGUGGGAUACCCCAGGUAAACAGCCUCUUUCGUGUAGAGGACGUGAUGGUCAAAUUUUAGGACAUAAAUUUUAGGACAUUGGUACUCCCUCUCUCAUAAUAUGAGGCAUGCACGUAUUUCUAGAUUAUCAAUUUGAUUAAUUAAAUAUAUAUUUUAUUAACAAAAAAAUACAUUAUUAGAUUCGUUAUCGAAAAAACUUUCUAACGAUAUAAUUAAUGAUCUAGGAAAUCCUUUUUGUCUUGUAAGAAGUGCAAACCGAGAUAGGGACUUCAUCAUGGUAAUUUAAGUUUCUAGUAGUGUUCCUAAAAGAAAAGGUUACUACUGCUGUAGCAACAGUGGGUGGAUGCCGGAUGCUUGCAUGUGUGAUUGUGUGAAUCAAGCCACCAACCAAAAAGGUAAAGGUUAUGAUUAAGAAUUAUUGGAGGCUCAAAAGAACCUCUGGCUGCACUUUGUGUACAUACUGCUACUUGCAUGCAUAGAGCCUCAAAAGCUGUUCCUGGAGAUGUUCAUGGAGUUGUUUCCUCCCAAGGCGGGUGCCCAGUGGCCCUGGUUACUACUGCCUGCGUAGCAGCUUGCUUAAUCUAAUUCAAUGCUGGAAAUUCUAACGUGAUAUAAUCUGCAAGUUUAGCCUAAUACCUCAUUAGUCUGAGCCUGGCAACUUCACAGUCACUUCUCAUGGCAUCCCGGUGUGCAUGUCAUGUGAUCGUUGUGUCCAACAGAGAUAAACACUUCAUCAUGGCAAUUUAAGUUUCUAGUAGUGGAAGAAGUGCAAACCUACUGUAGUAACAGCGGGUGGAUGUCGGAUGCUUGCAUGUGUCAUGUGUGAAUCAAGCCACCAACCAAAAAGGUAAAAAUUAUGAUUAAGAGUGGUUGGACGCUCAAAAGAACCACUGGCUGCACCUUGUAUACAUACUGCUACUUGCAUGCGUAGAGCCUCAAAAGCUGUUCAUGGAGUUGUUUCCUCCCAAGGCAGGUGCCCAGUGGCCCUGUAUACUACUGCCAGCAUAGCAGCUUGCUUAAUCUAAUCCAAAGCUGGAAAUGCAAACGUGAUCUAAUCUGCAAGUUUAGCUUAAUACAUCAUUAGUCUGAGCCUAGCAAGUUCACAGUCACUUCUCAUGGCAUCCCGGCGUGCAUGUCUGCAGCUUUUGCUUCUCCAGUUUGUCGUGCCACCCACUAAGUGCACUUCCUCGAUCACAGGCGUCAGAUGAUCUGGAUUCAAAGCAUCAGUUGACUGGAUAAAACCUUAAAGAUUCCACGCGCUUAGUUUGGUUGGUCCUCGUGUUGUCUCAACAAUGAUGAAUGGAUUGAAUGCUAAUGAAAAUAUGACAUGAUGUUCUCAUGUGUGUUGACCCUGUCGCAGCGCCCGAUUGUGGCACCGCAGGAUGGCACGUUUAUGAAAUGAUUUCUGAUAGGAAAGGCUUAAAUUCUGAUAGUUUUUACAAUCAAGAAAUUUUUAGUUUUCGGAGUCAACACUGAAACUAGGUAUACAUAAUAUUGGAGAGUUUUUUCUUUUGAGAGAAUUGGGAGGAGUUUUACCUGACGAGGUUCUCUGUCCCAUGAGAAAUAGACUCCAGCGCAAACCAGUGUAGAUGCUCCUGCUGUAAUUCAUAACGUAGUUUGCUCUAAAUCAUAACCUAGUUCAGUGGCUUAACGUGAGAAACUCUAGGUAAACAGUCUCCUGCGUAGAGGCUGUAAUGUUCAAAUGUUAGGACAUUAGUAGCUCUAGGAAUCAUCGAGCAAUCUGUUAAUUGUUGCUAAGUAUGUACAGAGGGGAAUCCAUUUUGUCAUGUCAGUGUGGUGUACAACUGGGAUAAAAGAUUCCAUCACGGUAUAUAAAGUUUUCAAUACUUUAAGUGCAAACUUACAGUAGUGAUAGACUAAUAGUGGUUGGGUGCUGAAUCUAUGUAUGUGUGAAACUGAGAAUCAAGCACCAGCCAUUAAAGUGAAGAUUACUUUUGAUUGAAUACUGCCACAUGCAUGGAUAGAGCCUCAUAGGGUAUUCAUGGUGUUGUGUUUGAUUCCUUGUACUAUUCCAACUUGGAAAUCUGGUAUUUAAGUACCAGCCGGAGGACGCUAUCUCGUCAUCUCUCUCUGCGGCUCGUUCCUCCUUCGACUCUGGUACAGCCAGUGCUGCUGCUGCUGCAGGCUUAUCUAAUUGAUGGUUUGGCAUGGGAUGAUCUUUCUGCAUUUUCAGUAGCCAAAACUAAUAAUGGGUGGAUUGGCUGAGCUAUGGGAUGUAUGGGGUGCUGAGUUUCUUCUGCUUUCAAGCUUACUGCUGCAAGUGUUCCUGCUCAUCUUCACCGAGUUGCGUCGGUGUGUGUCCGGAGCUCUGCUAUCUGCAGCACUGAAUGGCAUCCUCUGGCUGUUGUACCUACUGGCCGACUCGGUUGCGAUAUACAUCCUUGGCCACAUGUCCCUGAGCAGCAAGCCACAUGAGCAGCAGCAGAUCAUGGCGUUCUGGGCAUCGUUGCUGAUGGUGCACCUCGGCGGACAGGACACCAUCACUGCCUAUGCCAUGGAGGACAACAACCUCUGGCUGCGCCACCUGUUCAUUUUGUUGGUGCAGGCUGCUGGGGCUGCCUAUGUCCUUCGCAAGUAUGGCAGCGGGGUCUUGCUUGCUGCAGCCAUUUUGAUGUUCCUGGUGGGUGUUGCCAAGUAUUGUGAGAGGAUAUAUGCUCUCAAGUUUGCCGGCCUUGACACCAUUGGCAAGUUCCUCAAUGGUUUUGAGGUGAUGUCACGCGACAUCUCCUACCCAGUCCCAGCUAGUUUGGAUGCCGAAGAGGUCCUCCAGGGAGCUCAUGACCUGCUCCCUCUCAGCAUGAGCCAGUUUCUUCAUUUUCAAAUUAAUCUAUCGGAUUUCCAAAUCACAGCAAUAUUUGCGUAUCAUGAUCGUACUAAUCCUGAUGGCAGCAUCGGGCGGAGCAUGUUGUUGCAGUUGCUUGGAAUGCAGCUCUCCCUGGUGCGUGACAUCCUCUACACAAAGACAGUGGUGAUCCACACACGGUAUGGAUGUGUGUCUCGCUUCGUCUCGGUCGUCUCCACCAUCGUCGCAUUUUACCUGUUCCAGCUCUCCAUCAUGACCGCCGGCCGUUACAGCAGGAGGGACACUGUUGUCACCUACAUUUUGUUGGCUGGGGCUUUUUUCCUGGAAGCAGCAUCCCUGUUGAGGGUUGCCAUGUCAACUUGGACAUGUGCCUGGUUACGAGCUGCUGGAUGGAACUGUCUCCAUGCAGCAGUGGUGUAUCUCCGCAGGUGUGUCAUGGUGGCACACAAUUGCAGGAGGUGGUCAGGCUCCAUCGGGCAGCAAGACCUGUUGCCAUUUAAGAGGGAUGGCAAGACAGGAGUAUGCUACGCGAUAGCGUCUUGCUUCGGGCUGGAGAAACGGUGGAACAGGCUGCGUUUCACCGACUAUGUUGUCAUAUCACACGUCAUGGAGGACCUGUUGCUGCAAGAGGUACAACGUAUGGUAGAAGCCUGUGGAGAAAAUGUGCACACCCUGUGGGGUUACCGUGGCCAGCUCGCGCGUGGCACAUGGGGCGCCGAAGUCUAUGAUCUCCUGGGAGUUGAUGAGAUUGGUUUUGAUGGCAGCAUCCUCGCCUGGCACUAUGCAACUGAUGCCUUCCUCCACUUCUUUGAUCUAUGUAUGCUGGAGAGGGACUGCAUACAAUCUGAAUCUGAAGAUCUGGCCAGGGUGCCACAUAUGAAAAGUUCAGUGCUUGGCAUGCUCCCUGAAGAGAGGGAACUGCAAAAGCCUGUCGCAGAGCUGAUCCGCACACUGUCAAGAUACAUGGUGUUCCUCCUCGCGGAGCGGCCACACUUGCUGCCCAGCCCUGUUCGCCGCGGCCAUUACGACUUCUUCAUCGCACAGUUCAAGGAAUUCCCAGACAUCGAGCCAGGAGACAGCGUUCCUUAUGAUAUCCGCCCAGAAGUAGAACUUGCAAAAAAGCUGCUAGCCAGGUGCGAGGAGAAGAAGGAACCGGUGGCGAAGGUGUUGGGUGUCAUCUCCGGGGUGUGGGUGGAGAUGCUGUGCUACGCGGCCGGCCAUUGCAGCAACGACUCCCAUGGCAGGCAGCUCAGCAGCGGAACCGAAUUCAUCACUGUCGUGUGGUUUCUGACGACUGCCUUAUACAAACGAUUCCACUACAACGACCGUCAGGAUUCUCGCAGAGUGCAGCGUAGGAAUUGGCUGCGAUAUCCCGUGAAAUACUAAUUUCAUGCAGCGCAGCGUCAGCUUAAUUUAUUUUCUGUGUUCCCUUUCCUCAAGUUCCCUAUCCUUUAUGUGUCCUUUUGUUCUUUCUAAUGCUACCAGUACGAUACUACGAUGAAUAAAGCAUAAGUGUGCCUGUGUGUUGUUAAUUA